AUGUUCAACUCAGUUACGUGCAGUUCGAAAGUUCACUGCAACGAGAAAGACAUGAACACACUCCUACACUUCAAACAAGGAGUCAUAGAUCCUUCAGGCAUGCUUUCCUCUUGGUUCACUGAACAAGAUUGUUGUCACUGGACAGGAGUUCAGUGUGACAAUAUCACAGGCAGAGUUACAGAACUCAAUCUCCCUUGUCAUACAAAUCAAUCUAUAGUCUUUGUUUAUGGACAUGAGGACGACGACAAAUCACACUGCCUAACAGGUGAGUUCAAUAUUCAAUCUUUAUUGGAACUUGAAUUUCUAAGCUACUUGAAUUUGAGCAACAAUGAUUUCAAGGCUAUCCAAUAUAACUCAAUCGGUAGCCAGAACUCAUGUGAUAACUUGUCAAGAGGUACACCUCCCCAUCAAUGUAGAAACUCCUCCAACCUCCAUUAUCUUGAUUUAUCAUAUAAUUAUGAUAUUCUCAUUCCUAAUCUCCAUUGGAUUUUCCGUCUUUCCUCCUUGCAAUAUCUUAACCUUGGUGGUCUUGAUCUUCACAAGGCAAUUAAUUGGCUUCAGUCAGUGGCCAUGCUUCCUUCACUUGUAGAGUUACACCUGCAGAGCUGUCAACUUGAAGACAUCCAUCCAUCUCUUCAGUAUGCUAAUUUUACUUCACUUCAAGUUUUAGAUCUUGCUCACAAUCAUUUUAUAUCCGAGUUGCCUAGUUGGUUGUUCAAUCUCAGUUCUCACAUCUCUCAUAUUGACCUUAGUCAAAACAGUAUACAUGGUCAACUAUCUCAAAUAUUGCCAAAUCAUAGAAGCAUCAAAUCCUUGGUUUUGUCUGAUAAUAAUUUGGAUGGACCCAUUCCAGAUUGGAUAGGGCAACUUGAACAACUACAAGAACUUGAUCUUUCUCAUAAUUCAUUUUCUGGUCCAAUUCCCACAAUUUUAGGAAAUCUAUCAUCCUUGAUUGUACUGAAUUUCUGUUCAAAUAACUUGAAUGGAAAUCUUCCAGAAAGUCUGGGGCAACUCUUCAACUUGGAUACCCUUCGAGUUGGUGAUAAUUCCUUGACAGGAAUUGUGUCUGAAAGAAAUUUACUAUCUCUUUCAAAUCUAAAGCACCUUUUCUUGAGCUCGCCAGCCUUGAUCUUUGAUUUUGAUCCUGAAUGGGUCCCUCCGUUUCAACUAAAAGGUAUUGAUUUAGGAUAUGUAAAUGACAAACUUCCUUCAUGGCUAUUUACACAGAGUUCUCUCAAAAUUCUAACCAUUUCAGACUCAAAUGCUUCAUUUGAACCUCUUGACAAGUUUUGGAACUUUGCUACACAACUUGAAAUUUUGUCUCUAGGCAACAACACAAUCAACGGCAACAUGUCAAAUGUGUUGCUAAACUCGACAUUUGUUUGGUUGCAUACCAAUAAUUUGAGAGGUGGCGUGCCUCGAUUAUCACCAAAAGUGGCCGAUUUGACUUUAUAUAAUAACUCUUUGACCGGAUCCAUUUCUCCUCUAUUGUGUCAUAAGAUGGCAGGAGAAAGUAGUUUAACGUACUUAGAAAUGGGCAAGAAUCUUUUAUCUGGAGAACUCACAGAUUGUUGGAAUGACUGGAAAUUAUUGCGUCAUGUUGGUUUGGAGAAGAAUAACCUAACAGGAAUGAUUCCUCACUCCAUGGGAUCCUUGUCUAACCUCAUUUCAUUGGAUUUAUAUGGAAAUAAAUUCUUUGGAGAAGUACCCUUGUCACUGAAAGAUUGCAAUAAUCUUUGGAUCCUUAAUCUAGGUGAAAAUAACUUCUCUGGAGCUAUACCAAGCUGGGUGGGGAGCGCAAAAGUUCUUCUACUGAGCUCGAACCAAUUCAGUGGCAAUAUCCCCACACAGAUAUGCCAACUUAAUUCACUAAUGGUUAUGGAUUUUGCAAACAAUGCAUUAUCAGGACCAAUACCCAACUGCCUCCAUAACAUCACAUCCAUGCUUUCUGAUCAUGCUUCAUUUGGUGAGUUCGGCAUUAUUGUUCAAGUACCAAGUUACCCAGUACAGCUUAUUUUUAGUAUUACGAUGCCCAUAAAAGGCAAUGAAUUACUUUAUAGUGAUUUGAUGUAUGCUAUUGAUUUCUCAAGCAAUAAUUUGUCUGGAACGGUACCUUCAGAGAUUUUCAUGCUGACUAGAUUACAAUUAAUGAAUUUGUCCCAUAAUCGGUUAGUAGGGACGAUACCAGAUGAAAUUGGAAACAUGAAACCGUUGGAGUCCAUUGAUCUCUCAAGCAAUCGUCUCUCAGGACAAAUUCCACAGGCCAUGUCUGGUUUGUCUUUUCUUGGUUACUUGAACCUGUCCUUCAAUAAUUUGAUGGGCAAAAUCCCAUCGGGGACCCAACUUCAAGGUUUCACAAACCUUAGUUAUAUGGGUAAUAAUGAAUUAUGUGGACCUCCACUUACCCAGGUCUGCCCACAAGAUGAAAAACCGCAUAAUACAACUCCGAUGGGAGAAGAUCAUGAUGAUGAUGAUGAUAAAUCUGAAGUAUAUUCAUGGUUCUAUAUGGGCUUGGGAAUGGGAUUUGCAUCGGGAUUUUGGGGAGUUUUUGGUCUUAUAUUAUUCAACAGGAGAUGCAGGCAUGCUUAUUUCAGAUUUCUUCACCGACUGUAUACCACGGUGAUUCAAAAGAUGAAUUCCCUUUAUUGA